AUGAAUUUGUCAUCUAAUACUAAUGAUAUUUUACUUUUUAAAAUACAAGAAUAUUUUCCAUCUUUUACAGUAUCAUUAAGUUUAACUUCACUUUUAAUUCAUACUAUUAUUGCUAUAAUUUCUUAUACUUUAUAUAUUUUUAUUAUUGCUUUUCUUAUCAAAAAUAGAAAGAAUUCAAUAUUUAAUUCUUUUUUCUAUUAUUCUAUUAUUUUAAAUGGAUUUUGUGAUAUUUCUUUUCAUAUAGAUAAUUUUUUCACAUCAAAUCUUCUUUUAUAUGAACCUUAUUUAAAUAAAUUUGCUCCAACAGAACCAAGUUUUUGGUUUUCUCCAUUAUUUUAUAUAGGAUAUUUUUUUGUUGACUUUUUAUUUUACAACUCAUUUAUCAUUAGUAUUAAUCGUGUGGUUGUAAUUAUUAGUCCUAUUAAAGCUAAAAAUAUUUUUGAAACAAAUAUUAAAUUAUUAACAGCCUUUGGUUUAUUACUUUCUGGAUUACCACAUCUUUAUUUAUUGACAAGACCAGCUUACUUUUCUGUUGAAUCAUCAAAAUAUACAAAUGAUAAAAAAAUUGGUAAAUUUAUAAUUCUCAUGUGGAAGGGACAUGAAACAAUGCCAAUAAAUAUAGUAGCAAUUUAUUGUGGAAUUUUUACUGUAGCAACAUUUUUAGUCAAUCUUUUUAUAAUAUAUUUACUUAUAAAAAAAAGAAAUAAAAAAAAUAAAAAUUAUGAUACAAAAAUGACAAUUUAUGUUAUCUUACAUUUUAUAUCACAAAUUACAUAUAUAUCAAUAUUAUACACUGGUUAUUUUGUUGAUAUGAAUUUGGAAGAUCAAACGAUAAUAUAUAUUUUAAAAAUUGUAAGACCAUGGUGUUUUAAUAUUUUAUGUCUUUUUGCUCCAUACUCUUUGAUUGCUUUUAAUACUAAUAUUAGGAAAAUGAUAUAUGAAAAGAUUACUUUUUUAUUUAUACAAAGAUUAGUAACUAUUUUUAAAAAUUUACAUAGUUGUAUUAAUAUUUUUUAA